GCUUGGCAGGCUGAAGGGAGUCAUUUUCGUAGUGCAGGGGUGUCUCUCUGGUGUUUGGUGUUGUUACAGAUCUUGAUGUUAAGAGGAGAUAUUUUGCAUUUCGAAAAAGCUCGGUAAAACAUAAAUCAGUGGUAAUAUUUUUACACGCAACGUCGACAUCGAAAGACCAGGCACUGUUUAGAAAUCUGACAGGAUGGAGUCUGCAAAUCAAGAUAUCAACCUCAACUCUCCCAAUAAAGGGCUUGUGUCGAACAGCUUGACAGACGUGCCAGUACAAGGUGCCACAGGUACCACGGUGCCUGUAGGCUUGACUGAAGACGAGUCAGAGGAAUUAAAGAACGAGCUGACCAAGGUGGAGGAUGAGAUUGUCACCCUGCGCCAGGUGCUCGCUGCCAAAGAGAAAACUGCUUAUGAACUCAAAAGAAAACUGGGACUCACUCCGCUGAACGAAUUGAAACAAAACUUCACCAAAGGCUGGCAAGAUGUUCAGACAUCCUCAGCCUAUGUGAAAACCAGCGAGAAACUCGGAGAGUGGAAUGAGAAAGUUACCGGUUCUGAUUUAUAUCUGUCAGCGAGUGCCACUUUGGAGGACAUAACCCAUUCAGAAGCAUACAAGAAGACUCAGGAAACACUGUCUCAGGCAGGACAGAAGACCUCUGCUGCUCUCACCACUGUGGGUUCUGUUAUCACCAAGAAGCUUGGAGACAUGAGAGCUCUUCCAUUCUCACAGUCAUUUAGCAGUUACUCCAUUCGCCAGUCGAUAAGUAUGCCUGCAAUGAGGAACUCCCCAUCGUUCAAGUCAUUUGAAGACAGAGUUGGAACUAUCAAGUCCAAAGUUGUGGGUGGCAGAGAGAACGGUGAUGGCCUGCAGUCUCCCACUGAAAUGAAUCCUACUCAGGACGGAGCUCCAUUCUAGACUGGAUGUCCAGCGGCUGAGGACACACUUGAUCACUGAAGCCCUUACACUUCCCAUCUUCACAACAGAGCAAGCCCCCUUCCCCCAACACUAAAGCAUGUGUGUGUGUAUAUAAUAUAUAUAUAUAUAUAUAUAUAUAUAUAUAUAUAUAUAUAUAUAUAUAUAUAUAUAUAUAUAUAUAUAUAUAUAUAUAUAUAAAUGUUCAUUUGAUGAUGGAAUUUGCGAGAAGACAAAAAAAGGCUAAUAAUCAUUUUGUAUUAGAAAUAAUUUUACACAGCUUUGUAUAAUGUUUUUACAUAACCUUUACCAUUAAGCUGCCAUUUGUGUGUGUGAGGGGGGUUCAGAAAAAAAGUUAAAGAUAUUUAUCUCCGUUUUUUCUUUUUUUACAUGAAAUCCAUGAGUUAAACAAACUAAUCCCUUUUUGUUUUUUUACAUUUGGUACUCUGUGAAGCAACGCUUUGAUGUAUAAAGAGGUGAAUGUGAAAUCUGAUGCCUAAUAACCUUAUAUCACUUUAUGCUUUAUCUGUUUAAUUAAGGGAGAGCAGGUAGCUUCAGAGUGAACGCAGUUGAAUUUUAAGCACUCUGGGUGGGCGGGUGGGUGGAUAGAUGGAUUUAUGGAUGGAGGGACAGAUUUUGGUAACCUAAAUAAGAAUGCAUGCUUUUAUGCCAUGUAAUUGAUAACUAACGCAUAGAGGAUCACAGUAGCUUGAAACUUGCUUUUUACCAGCUAAUCUGUAAACCUUACUAUACAAAUAUAUGUAGUGUUUGUUGAGGCAUAAUAAAGUCUGUUUAAAUCUAUAUUCUAGACCAACAUUUCCUAAACCCUAAUGUGGCAUGCAGGCCAUGUGAACAGAUUAUAAUGCAAUUUAGAUGUGGUUUUUAAGGGCUGGAAUUUUUUUUUUUUUUUUUUUUUUUUUUUUGGCCAGUGUAUGUUAGCACUGCCACUUUUUAAAAAAAUAAACAAACAUGUAGAAAAUGUAAUGGGCAGAUGUGAAUAGUUUCUUUUCACUAGAUUUGUGCAAGUGUUUUUUUUUUUUUUUUUUUUUAAGAAUUUUUUUUCUUUCUAAAUCUGUUCUAUUGUAUUUGCAGGCUAGGAUAGUUAGAUAGCCAUAAGUUCGAUUUUUAUAGUUCCAGUUUCUCAGCAUUAUGCAUUGCUGCCAAAUUGUGUAAAAUCCAUAGUAUGCAGAUUUUCCUUAUACAACUAACACUAAGCUAACAGAGUGUAAGGCAAGUUUCUUGCUUUUAUUGUUAGAGCUGCAAAUAUUAGGCUACAGAAAUACAAAUAUAUAUGUGCUAAGGGUGAAAGUAAUAAAUAUAUAUAAAACAACGUAUAGCCAUUAUAGGCCCACAUGAAAAAACAGUUUGUGUGAGUAUAAUUAGAAGACAAAGGGAUCGGAUGCUAUGGUAUGGUGGGUGGUGAUGGAAUUAUCUUUCUCUUUUGGGUAUAUAUGUUUUAAAUGAUCAAUAAAGCAUUCCUUUAAAAUA